AUGAAUGGGUUUGGGUAUAGCCCCCCGCAGUCGCCGCGGUCGCCUCGCUCGCCUCGGUUGUCCGCCCCGCCCUCUCCGAACACCCCCCGCCAACACAAUGCUGGCGCGAUGAUGAACGGGUUCGACAACAGAACCUCGGGCGACUUCUCGUCGACGGCUGACAUCGGAGGCCUGGGGAAUCUUGCAGACGAGCUGGCCGAUGCGUGGGAGGAUGAGGAUGGUGAUGAGUAUGUGUCGGGGCUGGAGAACGACCAGACCGACGCUCAGAGUGUUGGCCGGAGUGAUGGGGAAGACGUAUAUAUGAAGUCUGGAGGUGAUCUGCAGACGCCGCCGGGACCUCUUUCGCCUGAGCGAGCAUCCUUACAGUUGCCGAAGCAGCGGCCUCGCAAUCAUCACCAGCACCAGCAUUCCCGACACCGACGACCCGAGUCUCAGUACGACGGGUCGGAUUACGGUAACGAUUCGGAUUUUGACGAGACGACAGACUUCUCGCCGAGUCUAGAGAGCCAGAUGGCCGAGGUGGAGAGUCUGGUCCGUCGAGGCACGGAGAACAAUGGCAGUGAGAGCGACCACGUUAUCAAACGAGCGGUGGAAGCGCUUCGGGAUCUUGGAGCACAGAGUGGGAUCGAAAACAGUGCAAUGAGACUCAUCACGGCACAUACAUCCAUCACCUCUCAUCUGACCCAUCAAACACGAACCCUGCAGACAUUGACGCAUCCCCUCCUUUUCUCCCCCUUCCCUUUGCUGUCGGAAGAUGCCAUCGACACUCUCGUGCCGUUGAUCGACGAAGGUCUGCUCCCCAGCCUCCCGUACCCAUUUCCCGGGCCCCAACACCACUCGUCGUCACGGCCGGGAACGCCCUCGCAAGCCGCGGCCUUGAACCCACUUGUCUCGUUCCAGACCCUAGUCUCGCAGACCGCCGACCUUACCCAUUCCCUGCGUGGGUUGAGCGAUACGCUCUACGAAUCGCGACAGCUCACCUCCACGGCCUCGCGCCGGCUCCGGUCUGCGCGGGAGCUCGUCGCCGAGCUGCGCCGCGAGGAAGAGGGCCGCGAGGAAGGCACCCGCUGGAUCGAGCGCGGGGACUGGGAUCGCCGGCUGCGGGAGCGCGAGGCGGGCCGUCUGUGCGGCGACGUCGUCAACGGCUUCGAAGCCGUGUGCGGCGAGUGGAGAGAAAAGCUGUUUGGCGCGGCGGGCGUUGCUGCCGCUUGA